GGGUCACGCUCUUUCAUCACCACAUCCAUGAAAACAUGUCUACGAAUCGAUUUCAUACAACCUCGUACCGAUAACGGUCCUUUGGAGACCGGGUACUAUCGACAGCAUGCUCGCCGUCCUGUUUUUGAUUCGGGUGGCCCAACCAGUACGAUCGUUCAUCCUCGUCUUUUGCAUAUUCUGCAUAUCCGAGUCGUUUCAGACAUGUCAGAUCUUGCUCAGAAUCUUCCAACUCGAGGCUGCUUUCUCUUGACGUAAAAUCCUCAUACAGGAAAUGCUAUUUCUGAUAGGGGCUGUUCUCACCAGCAAACACCAGCAAACCUCCCGCGACAAGGAUAUCCCUAUUGUGUUCCUUGCUGCGUUCAUCUAGAUUCUCCAGCGUUUGUGCUGCUCUCUCCUCGGCUUAGCCCCCAGCUCAUCUAAUCAUGUCCAUGGUGAUUGUGCGAGUUUCGAACAUAAAGGCAAUCCCU